CGGGUUCUGUAAUCUUUUGGUAAAAGGAAGAAGAUAGCAGCACACGAGAGAUCGAAUAUGCCAUUUUCUGAAUUGCAAUCCAUAUCCAAUCUCAUCGAACAAAGGGAGUAGUACUGAAAGAGAUGAGAACCCCUGGUUUUUUUUUUCUUCAGUAAGUGGACUCCCAAUUACGCAACUUGUGCUUUGUGAUUUGUGUUUGAGGUUGUUAUUUAGUGGAGCAGAAUCCACUCGGCAGUGGAGUGAGACACAGAAAGUACAGAGUCACGUUCAUUUUAUGCUCGUUCGAGAGGUCAGUACCAGGAUUAGCAGAUUCUAAAGCUCUGAAUUCCACGUAGGUCCACUACUUAUGCUCAUGCAAGCCAAAACCAUCACGAGAGAAAAGAAGAUUGGAUGAAAUUGGUUCCACCACCACCUCACCUCAGUCCCUAUAAAUGAGCCUCAGUCAAGUACCAUCCUUCACCAAACUGAACCACCGCUUACUCCUCUCCCAUCAGAAAUGGCGUCAGGGUCGCUAUCCCGCAGCUCCUCUGGCUCCUCCUCAUGGACGGAGCAGCAGAAUAAGCUCUUCGAGCGCGCACUGGCAGUCUACGACAAGGACACUCCCAACCGGUGGCACAACGUGGCCCGCGCCGUCGGCGGCGGUAAGACCGCCGAGGAGGUCAAAUCCCACUACGACCUGCUCAUCGAGGAUCUCAAAAGCAUUGAGUCCGGCCGAGUCCCCUACCCAAACUACAAAUAGCCCGACACCAGGCUGAGCAUGCAAGUUGAAGGUUUUGCAGUGGAAUACUCUGUAUCAAACACUAUGAAGUAGAAAGCCAUGGAUGGUUCUCCAGUACACUGCACACUAUGUACGUGUAUAAGUACGUGUAUAUUUUUAUAUUUAUAUUUAUAUUUAUAUAUGUCUGCUACGUAAGUUCUCAAGAUUGCUCAGCUUCAAUCUGGAUGUGUUGGGACAAGUACUGUGUAUUCUGACAAUUUUAUAUGACUGAAAUGCUGCAAAUUUAGAUUAAUAUA